AUCACAAAUAUUGGCGCGCUUUUUGUUUUCAUUCGCGCACGAUUUGACAUUUUAAAGCCGUGUUUGUGAAAAUUUUGUAAUUAAUUUCAGUGUUUUCAAAAAUCUUAGUUGUUUAACUAAAUAUCAAGGUAUGCAAAGUCCGGCAGUCAAAACGCCCGCUACGAGCAAACGUGAGGGCGGUACUGCAAAAAAAUCAAGUGGAAAAAAGCUUGUGCAGGCGCGGCUGCCGUUCAAAAUAAUUCCAGCUGGAACUCCUACCGCUGCUGGUGCAAUUUCAACCAAGGAGACAGACGAUACAACAAAAGAUGGGCGAAAACGUAAAUUAUCAUUUGAAGCUGAAGAUAACGAAAAGGCAGAGUCAACGGAAACUGAUGAGUUGCGUGGACGUUCGGCUAGCAAAGAGAACUUGACUGUAAGCUCGAAAAAAUUAAAAACUGCAGAUGCGGAAGAUGAUGUUAUAGUGUUGGAUGAUGAUGAUAUCUUGGAAGAGGGUGAUGGUAAGGUUGAAGAUGCGGAAAAGAAAGUGAAAAAAGAAAAAGCCAGUAAUAAUGUAAAGGCAGUAAAAAAUACGCCUGUUGCAAUAAAAACACCGAAAACAAUUAAACAAGCAAAACAGAAAGAUAGCGACGCGACGAGUUCACCACUUACGCCAAAACCGCGGGCAGCCAAGGAGAAAGAUGCAGAUACACCAAAAAGUGCAAAAUCUAAAAACGCAAAAACUCCUGGAAGUGCGAAAAAUACACCCAGCACCAGUAAAGCAGGUGGUAGUGCAACAAAAUUGCAAAUAAAAUUGCCACUUGGCGGUGCCAAGACAAACAAACGUAGGAAAUCCAUGAUAACAGCACACUCCAACGAAACAGAAGUUGUUAUAUCCAGUGAUGAAAACGACGAUAUUCCCGUAAAACGCCAAAAAGUGGAGUGUUCACCAAAAAAACAGAAAAAGGUAGACGCUUCUGAUAAGGUAUACAGUACGGCACUCGAUGACAGCAGUAACGAGUCGGAGGCAAAUUCAAAAGUAUUGGUAUUGGAAAUCGGUGGAAAUGAAACAGAUCUGCCAGAUUCAGAGUUGGAUAGCAGAAGUAGUUCGGUGACUAUUAACUCAAAAGAUACCACAGCGGAACUUUCAGGCACAAUUCAAAAAUCUAAUAAUAAAAGUAAUAUUUCGUCAAAGCCAAAAGAAGUGCCUGCAAAUACUAAAGAAACUCAAAAACAGGAGAAAUCUGUCUCUGCGGUAAAGGUUGACGACGAUGAACUUAUUUCAAGUGAGAGUGAACAUGGUUCAACUGAAAAAAAUCGAAUUGGUAAAAAAGAAUCUUCAGUAAAGGAGAAUGAAACAAAGGUUAAAAAGUCUACUGAACCACAAAAUGAAGUCGAAAAAAAAUCACCGCAAGCAGGCAAGAAUAAAGGUAACGAUAAUAAAAAGGUUAAAAAAACACCUACUAGAAAGAUUCAAACUCCUGUAAGAGCAACUAAAGUGAAUGCUGAUAAAAAAUCUGUAGAAACACCAACCACAUCGGAAAAAAUAAAAGUCAGUACAAAUAAAGAGUCCCCAAAAGAAGAAAGUAAAAUUGCAGAUGAAGAAAGUGCUGCAGAAGUUUCAUUGGUUAUAAACAGCACUUCGGAUUCGGAAAGUCAAACGUCAAAUAAUGAUGAAAGUAAAUCUUUUGCCGAAGAAAGCACUCCCAGACUUAAUGCUACCCCGAAAAUAGUAAAAGACGAUUUAAAUACGUCGAAGAAAAAUCUUACACCGAAGCAGAUGCAGUUAAUGGAACAAAGGCGUAAAGCACGUGAAGAGAAGGAACGUCGUCUGCAAGAAGAAAAAUUACAAAAACAGCGGGAGAAGGAGGCUAAGGAAUUAUUAAAGAAACGCGAGCGAGAGGAGCGUGAGGAACAGCGCCGCAAAGAACGCGAGGAGAAAGACGAACAGAAACGCAAAGAACGUGAGGAGCGUGAUGAACAGAAGCGAAAGGAGCGUGAAGAAAAAGAGCAGAAGCGACUGGCUGAGCUGGAAGUGAAAAAUGAGGAAAAACGAAAACGCAAUGAAGCAAAAGAGGAGGAGUUACGUAAAAAAGAAGAGGAGCGUAAGCGCAAAGAAGGCGCAGAUCUAAAAGCUAAGAAAGAAGCAGAGGCUUUUCAAAAGUUCUUCAAAGCCAAACGCGCUGCUAAUACAGAGGGCGAAGCAGGACAACAGAAUGACGACAAUGAUCCUGAAGUGCUUGCUUUUCGCCCAUUUGAGGUUAAAGGCGACAUGAAAUUGGCGCCAAUACGCCGCAAACAGCUUAGUCUCACCGCCAGGAAACAACUUGAUUCAUUUGUGGCUACUUGCAAAGAUGUGUCGCCAGAGCCUAGUGAUUUGUAUUUGAAGGAACUUAAGAGCGGUAAGGUACUACCAGGCAUAUGGAGACGCUACUCAGUGGACACAAAGUCAUCCGAGGAAGAUGUUCAAAUCAUAGAUGAUGAGCUGGAUCGUGCAGGGCAAGCAAUUGUUGAAGAGACACACGCGCCAAUUGAACACUUCCGCGCCAAAUUCUAUAAAUUCCAUGAAAAUCGUAGACCUCCAUAUUAUGGCACAUGGAGGAAGCGAACAAAUGUGAUAAAACCACGACGGCCUUUUGUACAAGAUAAGAAAUUUUUCGACUACGAAGUUGAUUCCGAUCUCGAGUGGGAAGAAGAGGAACCUGGCGAAUCACUGGAUGGCAGCGAUGACGAGAAAGAAAAAGAGUCGGAAGAUGAUGAUUACGAGGUGGAUAACGAAUGGUUCGUGCCACACGGUCAUCUCAGUGACGAAGAGCUACAAAAUGAGGAUGAGGUGCUCGACGCCAAUACACGCGAGGCACAAAAGGCCAAACUGCAAGUGCUGCAGCAUGAGUUUGACCAAGAGAUGAAAAAGAAAACAGAGAAAAUUAAACCACGUCUCAUCGGCUGCAUUUGGGCAGAUGAAAAUGGCAAUCAACCCGCGUUGUGUCCGAAAAUCAUCUGGGAUACUUUAAAUAUGCGUGCAAUGUUAUUCGAUGCUCCACCACUACUGGAAGAUCCCGAAGUGCCAGAGAAGAGUGGUGAACUUGGUUCCCCAACAAACAACGGCAAUGAGAAGACUGUUGAGAAAGUGAAACCGAUCAAAUUAACGGAACGUAUGCUGAAUGACUUAGUACGCUUGGUGCAUGGCAAUCAUCAUUCUAAAAACUUUUUAAUCAAAGAAUUUAUUGCAUAUUUGGAAGCCAACGAGGAAUCCAUAAAGAACGGCGAAGUGCGUGGUCCCAUCAAAUCAAUAGUACGGGAGAAAAUCGACGAUUUUGCCGAAUGGACAAUAACCGAAUCAACGAAGGUGCUUCAAAAUAAUAAGAAGAAAAACAAAAAGCGGCUCUGCUGGGUCGUCUCUGCUGAUGUGCUAAUUAAAAUGGGUCUCGAAGAUUUGGAUUUGCAUAACACGUGGAAAUACACACUGCAACCGCGGUCCGGUAAAGACGAAACGACAAAAGCUGAAGUUGAUGUUGAAGUUCCAAGCGUAGAAACUGACACAAAGGAAACAAGUGAAACUGCUGUUUGUGAUGCAGACAACGCAAAUGAAACUGCGUCAGAGACAAGCAUGAAGAAACUGACUAAAAAUAAACCAGCCACAAGUAGCCAACAAAAAAUUAAAAAGGUUAAACCCAAAUCAGAAAUAACGAAAUUCACAAAGGUGCUGUCGCCAAAGUCGGCAAGUGGGUCCAAAACAGCAACAAAAGCCACAGCGACACCCGAAACAAAAGAAGUUGUGAACACGUCUGCCGUUGAAUGCAAUCAAACGACGAAAACCGACACAACAACGUCACCAGCCGCAACUGUUAAAAAGCGUGUACCACUUUUGAUGUCCGUAGCGCGUGGACAGAGCAUACCGCAGCCCGCAAAAAAUGCGCUCAUCAGCGAGUUCCUAAAGAAGUCCUCGACUGAGAAGGAAGCAACUGCCAGCGAAACCAACACUUCUACCGCCAAAGCAGUUAGUGAAGUGGUAGAAAUCGACUAAGCCGUUCAUAGAUAGUGUAUAAUUUAGUUAUAUGUUUUUAUAUCAUAGUACGCUCUCAUAUACUGUUUACUACCAACUGCCCGCUUUCCUAACCUACAUUUAUAUAUUAUAUUCAAUCACGCGAAUAGUUAGUGUAAAAAUAAUAUUUUUUGUUAAGUAUUUAAAGUCUCCAAAAGCACAUACAUACAUAUUAAGCGAUCAUUGGCAAAGGAUGUAUUCAAGUAAGCGUUCUUAUACAAUUACUUAAGGCCAAAAUGAGAAUUUGAUUGUGAAUAUAACAUUUAUCAAGAUACUAAAAAUUAUUUUUAGUUUCAUAUAGACAUGGUCAAUUAAGGUCAAAUAUUGUAUUUUCCUAUGCUGUUCAAAUAAAAUACAUGCAUAUGAUCUAUAA